UACCGGGAGCUCGACCAGCUAUCGACAAAGUUAGCCGGGGAGCUGGUUUACGCGGGGGUCCGGCCAGGGAUCCUGGUCCCCUUGCUGUUUCAGAAGUCCGCCUAUACGCACGUGGCCCAGCUCGCAGUUCUCAAGGCUGGGGGCGCCUUUACUACCCUUCCGGCCGAUAUGCCUCUGGCACGGAUCGAAUCGAUUGUGGCACAACUAACGCCUGAAGGGGGUGCUAGUCAACCGGUCCUCGGGCUGUGCUCCCCUUCAUUAACGGAUGUAUUGGCGCCACUUGUUUCCCGGGUCAUCCCUGUGGACGAGACAACUACUGUGGGGACUCCGCAGAGGUCAGGUGUCGGAUAUAAUAGGGCUCAGCCUCACGAUCCGGCCUAUGUAAUGUUUACGUCGGGAACCUCUGGGGUGCCAAAGGGGGUGGUGGUGGAGCAUCGCAACAUCUGUAGCUCCUGCCGGUACUUCGGUGGGGAGGCAAUGGCACUGGACCGAGCCGGAGUUCGACAAUCCCAAUUUCUCUCAUACGCAUUUGACGGGUCCAUCCAUGAGAUAUUCUAUACGCUAGCGAAUGGGGGCUGUCUUUGCAUCCUCUCGGAAGACGAACGCUUGAACGAUAUUGCUGGAGCCAUGACCCGCAUGGGUGUCACUCAUGCGAAAUUUACACCCUCCAUCGUAGCCCAGCUCUCCCCGGAGGACUUCCCAACAGUGCAGCAGCUCUUUCUCGGCGGCGAAUCAUUGACCUCUGCCAGUGUAGAUCGGUGGCGUUCGCAGGUGGAGGUCUGGAACAACUACGGCCCUGCGGAAUGUACCGUCCAGUCGGCCGUCAUCAGCUGCACAGAUCCCAGAUGGGCCUCAGAUGUGAUUGGCCAUGCUGGAGCCAGUCGCUGUUUUGUUGUCGACCCAAGCAAUUUGCAUCGCCAGUUGCCCCGUGGAUUUAUUGGCGAGAUUGUGGUUGAAGGGCCUAAUGUGUCUCGCGGCUAUCUACGCAACCCAACUGAAACUGACCACGCCUUCGUCCAGGGGCUCACCUGGGCCCCAUCGCGACGCUUCUACCGUACAGGUGACAUGGGGUAUCUGGAUUCAUACGGACUAUUGACUUGCGUGGGUCGCAAUGAUGACCAGGUCAAGAUCAACGGGCAACGCGUUGAAUUGGGCGAGGUGCAGACCCGGCUCCAGUCGAUGCUGCCUAGGAACUCACGCGCAGUGGUAGACGUGAUCAACCCGCACGGACGAGGCAAGGUCCUGGUUGCUUUUAUCCAGUUAUGUGGCUCUUCAGUUGGCCACGUAUCCACUGACCAAAUUGAGAGUCAAAUUAGAGAAGGUCUGGUCCAAGUGCUUCCUCCAGCGUUUGUUCCCUCGCGUAUAUUCCAGGUGGAGGUGAUACCAACAGGGACUACGGGCAAAACAGACCGCAAAACGUUACGCAAGCUGGCCAACGAGCUGUUGACGGGCGAAAGGCAAGAUGGCGCAGAAAUCCCGGCUGAAAACGUCGCUCUCCAAUCUGGGGACUUGGGGGAGAAAGAACGCUUGCUACAGCAGAUGUGGGCCGAAACACUACAAGUGCCGGUCCAAACGGUACACUCGCAUUCAGACUUCUUCUGUUCGGGAGGAAACUCCUUGUUGGCAAUGCAUUUGGCCACCCUAGCCCAUGAGAUGGAUGCUCUGCAGGACCUUUUUCCCGUCACCGCCUACCAAAAGUCAACCUUCCUAGACUCCUUGCGUACCCCAGGCAGCUGUGUACUGCAGACCCGGUAUCGCCUCACUGGUGAUCUCAAUCCCACGAGAUUGCAGCAGGCCUGGAAAAAGGUCUGCCAGCGGUUUCCCUGUUUAAGAACCAGCCUCAUGUGUCUGGAAAGCGGCGAUGUCUUGCAGGCCGUGUUCCCUGAGGCUAAAGCGCCUCAGACACUUCCUUUCACCACGCUCGAUGAUCUGCGUGAGCAUAUGCAGCAGGCCGUUCUGAAGAUGACGCGGCCAGGUGCCCCAUUAAACGAGGGUCUCCUCGCCCAGGUUGGCCAAGGAGAAGAGCAAGAAUGGUACCUCAUUUGGACGAUCCACCACGCCAUUUUCGAUGCGCGUACCCUUCAGGAAGUCCGCGGGGCCCUGGUAGAAGCAUAUCAGGAACACACCUUCUCUCAUCAUCCCGCCCCGUUUCAAGAAUACAUUGGCUUCCUGCAGGCCCACGAUUCGGUUCCAGCGGCCAAAUACUGGACGCGGUACCUCAAGGGCGCCGACCCAAGCGUGUUUCCCCACUAUCCGUCCCCGGAAUACGUGGUCCGCCCUCAUGCGACUCAUCGCCUAGCCCUAACCCUUCAGCGGUUGACUAGCCAGUCCAUCACGAUAGCGACCAUGAUCCAUGCCGCAUGGGGCUUAGUCGUCGCCUCUUUCACGCGCACACGCGACGUAACCUACCAGCAUCUCCUAGGCGGACGCACUGCCGCGACGGAGAAGAUCGAUCGCUUCGCAGGGCCCACGAUCACUUUGGUGCCCGUGCGCAUCAAGAUACAGGAACGGCUGCACUCGACGGUGCGGGGAUUCCUCGCUGAAAUCCAUGCCCAGAUGGUGGAGAUGAUGCCUCACGUCGAGAUGGGGAUGGAGAACAUCGCCACCUUGAUGCCGGAGACGACGGCAGCGCGUCUCUUUGACUUCCACCACAUGCUGGUCAUCCACAAUGGCAAUAGUGGGGAACAACAACAACAACAACAACAACAACAACAACAACAGCGAACGAAGGAAGAUCCAAGUAGGCUACUUCAUCAAAUCGAGGAGCCCACGAUGAACUUGGACGGGUAUUUGGGACUCAUUGUCCAAUGUACUAUCAAUCAGGACGGGGGGGUGACGGUGGACUUGCGAUGGGACGAGGUUCUGAUGCCGCAGACCCUGAUGAACAUUCUCUUUGUGCGUCUGGAGUAUAUGCUGCGUGCAAUGAUCGAGGGGAAUCCAUCUACCACGGUAGCGGAGCUCCAUAGACAAUGUUUUGCCUUGUGACAAGACCUUUCAGGGCGCGCUGGCGCGCCCUGAAAGAUCCCAAUAUACAGGUCUAAUCUCAGGCUGCUCUUUCGAUUUAAGAAAUAAUACGACAGGU